UUUUUUUUUCUUCUUUGAAAAUUUGCAAAAAAAAAAAUGGCUCAGAAUAAUCCGUUCCCCCUGAGAUCUGUACGGUUUCGUACCAACGGAGCUAGUGGACAUUCUUACGACACUCUAUUAGAUGAGUGUUGGGAGAUAGUUACUAAUUCCGAACAUUUGGGUAUGGGUGUAUUAUAACAAUUUUUUUCUUAUCUGGUUAUCUAACGGGGAGACUGUGGCAGAUCUCGACGCUGAGAUUUGCGUAGUUGCUCAAAAGUCUGAUCUGUGCUUGGUGGGUUUUAAAGCUCGAAAUAUUGUUUCGUUUUUUAAAGAUAUCCAUGAGGAAGUUAUGCGAGGCAUAUUUUCUGAAGAUGGUCAGCUUGAUAUUACUGGUUUUCAGUUCGAACAUCUUUCUUUUGUAGCUUCUUACAUUUAUCUGGAAGAGUUUGCGGAAAUUCCUGGGAAUAGAAUUUCAUAUGAGUUAGGUAUAGAAAAGAUGCAUUUUUCUAUUUCGCGGUUAUUUCGUCUCGUACCAAAAAUGAAAAAUGCAUAUCGUUACAUUAGUAGAGCCUUUUUACUUUAUAUACAAAUGAUAUCGGAACCUCUUAGGAUAAGCAAAAUGUCCGGUCGAGUGCGAAGAAUUGCUCAACCUAUAUAUGAUGGUGUUUAUGUUACGUAUAAACUCACUCCAUAUGAUCUCAGUUGUGAAAACAAUUGGGGAAGAAUGUCUAAUACGGCGCACGAGCAAAACAAUCUGACGGAUACUUUUGUUCCGGCCACAGAGCUGGAGGGAGAUGAGUCUGUCGAUGGAUGUCUGUAUCUGGAUAAUGCUGGGAAAAUUAGAGGUGUCCUUAAUCGGUUGAAAGCCAGAGAUCCUGCUGAUCCUCCUCCUGGAUCGAGUGGCAAGAAAUCUAAACAUGGUGUGAAAGGAAAAAAGAUCCCCCCGUUCCACCAAAACUUG